UAUUAUCUUUGUCCUUUGGCACUAUAUGCUCUUUGCUCCUCUCUCUCUCAGCCUUAUUGCUUCCCAUUAUCACAUUCAAAUUCCUAUAAAUUUUAUCCAAAUUAGGGUUUUCACCACAUUGAUCAUCUCAGUUUUUGGCAGUUGAAGAAGGAAAAGCUAGAUUCUUGGGACAUCAAGGGUAAAUAGGUGUUUUUCCUUCUUCUGCAUAUAAAAAAAACAGUAAGCCCUCAUCACAGAACUUUGAUCCAUGGCUUCCUCAAGCUCCUACAACCCUCCCUGCGCCGCCUGCAAAUUCCUGCGGCGGAAGUGCAUCCCGGGAUGCGUCUUCUCGCCGUACUUCCCGCCUGAGGAGCCGCAGAAGUUCGCCAACGUGCACAAGAUCUUCGGCGCGAGCAACGUGGCGAAGCUGCUGAACGAGCUGCUCCCGCACCAGCGCGACGACGCGGUCAACUCGCUCGCGUACGAGGCCGAGGCCCGUGUCCGCGACCCCGUCUACGGCUGCAUUGGCGCCAUCACCUUCCUCCAGAGGCAGGUCGACCGCCUCCAGAAGGAGCUCGAUGCCGCCAAUGCAGACCUCAUCAGGUUCGCCUGCAACGAUGUGCCGCUGCAGGCGGCCCAGCCCCGGCCGCCUCAGGAGGCGGCCGGGGUGAGGAAUGUUGGUUUCGGCGGCGGAGGCGGCGGGAGAUUAUAUCAAACAGGUGGUGUGCAAAUUUCGUAUGAUGUGCCAUGGAAUGAUAUUUAUAAUUCUCAUGGUGGAGGGAUGGAUGGGAAUAAUUGAUGAUAUGAUCAUCAACAUCAUGAUCAUCUAUUGCUAGGGUUUAUGGUGGUGUUGGAGAAAUAAAGAAGGUUUGAGUAAUUGUUGUGUGAAAGAUAUUAAGAGGUACUACUAUAUAUGUGUGCACUAUCAUAUGCACAUAUAUAUAGUUAAGAUUAUAUUUUUUUCAUGUAAAGGGUGUUUGUUUGAAGGAGGUUUGAUAUUUGUAUGUGGAUUUGAGAAGUAUAUUUUGAGUUGAUGAUUGGUAAAAUUUCA